AUGGAGCCAUCCGUUCCAUUAAUAAAAUUUGUCAAAAAUCCGUUAUAUCGAGAAAUCCGUUAUAUCGAGGGUAAAUUAAUUAUAGAUUAUGAUAAUCCGUUCCAGACUCCAAUUCCGAUAUAUCAAGACUUUACUUAUAUCAAGGUUCCGGUAUAUCGAAUUUCACUGUGUAUUACUAAAAAUCCUAAACAAAUGCGAAUAUGUACAGGAUUGCCUUCUUAUUAUGAUAUAGCUCAUGAUGAAUUCUCAAGCUGA